AUGGACGAUCGAAUCGACGACGAUGAGAAGGACAAGGAGUCUUUGGCCGGCUUGACCUCUCUUCCACCUCACCGCAAAGCCCAUUCGUACAGCCAGCAGCUACGAGGUACCUCCACACACAAACGCUACCAUCAAGUCCGAAAACAUAGUCUGGACGAUAGCCGUAUAUCCAAUAACAUUGAAUCUUCGUUUUACGACUCCGAUUCCGACGACGACAUAUUUUCGCACUCAUCCUCGACAAAUCCUGGUGGUGAUGAUGAGUACAUUGAAAGCGGUGAUUCGUGUCAAUAUCAGCCGUUGCAGGAAUUUAUUGGCAGCGGGGGCGGAACUGGGAUCUUUAAGGCUCCUUUUAGAGCGUCCGUUCAUCCGGGGCGACCUCCAUGCCUUGAGUUAAGGCCACACCCUUUAAGGGAGACUCAGGUGGGCAAAUUCCUGAGGAACAUUGCUUGUACCGAAACACAAUUGUGGGCUGGUCAGGAAAGUGGGGUGAGGGUGUGGGAGUUUCAAAACGCAUACGAACCUGGUACCGGUCUUGGUGGAAAGGUAAGAAGGGGCGAUGAGGACGCUGCGCCAUUUUAUGAAUCAGCGGACACCUCUCCUACCUUAUGUUUGACCGUCGACAACGGGAAUAGGUUGGUUUGGAGUGGCCACAAAGAUGGCAAGAUUAGGUCUUGGAAAAUGGAUCAACUUUUUGCUACCCCCUUUAAGGAAGGUCUUUCUUGGCAGGCUCACAGAGGUCCCGUUCUUUCCAUGGUCAUAAGUUCCUAUGGCGAUCUCUGGUCAGGUUCGGAAGGGGGUGUAAUUAAGAUCUGGCCAUGGGAAUCCGUGGAAAAAUCUCUUUCCUUGUCUCCAGAAGAACGACACAUGGCAGCGUUACUCGUUGAGAGGUCAUUCAUAGACCUCCGAAGUCAGGUCACCAUUAAUGGCGUCUGCAGCAUAUCUUCUCAAGAGGUCAAGUGUUUGCUCAGUGAUCACCUUAGAGGUCGAGUCUGGUGCGCUGGUCCUUUAUCCUUUUCACUCUGGGAUGCUCGUACAAAGGAGCUUCUGAAAGUAUUUAACAUUGAUGGUCAGGUGGAAAAUCGAGUUGACAUGUCAUCAGUGCAGCAGCAGGAUCAAGCAGUAGAAGACGAAAUGAAGGUCAAGUUCGUUUCCACCUCAAAAAAGGAGAAAUCCCAGGGUACUAGCUUUCUACAGCGCUCCCGUAAUGCUAUAAUGGGAGCUGCUGAUGCUGUGCGUCGAGUUGCAACCAAGGGAGCUGGGGCAUUUGUUGAAGAUACUAAAAGAACAGAAGCUCUUGUGCAAACAGGCGAUGGAAUGAUUUGGAGUGGAUGUACCAAUGGCUUACUCGUGCAAUGGGAUGGAAGUGGGACCCGUAUGCAAGAUUUUAAUUGCCAUCCUUGUGCUGUCCAAUGUUUCUGCACUUUUGGAACACGGAUAUAUGUAGGUUAUGUGAGUGGUAUUAUCCAAGUACUGGACCUAGAAGGCAAUUUAAUUGCAGCGUGGGUUGCUCAUAAUGGUCCAGUGAUUAAAUUGGCUGUCGGUAGUGAUUAUGUUUAUAGCUUGGCUACUCAUGGUGGCAUACGCGGGUGGAAUAUUGCAUCUCCUGGUCCUGUUGACAACAUGAUAAGAUCGGAGCUCGCUGCAAAGGAACUUAUUUAUUCAAGGCGGCACAAUGUCAGAAUUUUGAUUGGUACAUGGAAUGUCGGUCAAGGUAGAGCUUCUCAGGAUUCACUUUCCUCAUGGUUGGGUUCCAUUGUAUCAGAUGUAGGCAUUGUUGUUGUUGGUUUGCAAGAAGUGGAGAUGGGUGCUGGUUUUCUUGCAAUGUCUGCCGCAAAAGAAACUGUAGGUCUUGAAGGAAGUGCAAUGGGGCAGUGGUGGCUAGACACAAUAGGAAAGGCCUUAGAAGAAGGAAAAGCUUUUGAGCGUAUGGGUUCUAGGCAGCUUGCUGGCUUGCUUAUAUCUCUUUGGGUAAGAAAGAAUCUUAGAACACAUGUUGGGGACAUUGAUGCUGGAGCAAUCCCAUGUGGUUUUGGACGCGCAAUUGGUAAUAAGGGCGGAGUGGGUUUGAGAAUCAGAGUGUAUGAUAGGAUAAUGUGCUUUGUGAAUUGUCACUUGGCUGCACAUUUGGAAGCAGUUAAUCGGCGAAAUGCUGAUUUUGAUCACAUUUAUCGAAAUAUGGUGUUCAGCCGAUCAUCCAACCUACUUAAUACUGCAGCUGCUGGCGUCUCUACCGCUGUUCAUAUGCUUCGUGGUACAAAUGCUAUGGGUGUCAGCGCUGAAGAAGCAAAACCUGAGUUAUCUGAAGCAGAUAUGGUGGUAUUUUUUGGUGAUUUCAACUAUCGGCUUUUUGGUAUAUCUUAUGAUGAAGCCAGGGACUUUGUCUCUCAAAGAUGCUUUGAUUGGCUCAGAGAAAAGGAUCAGCUCAGGGCAGAGAUGAAAGCUGGAAAAGUUUUCCAGGGAAUGCGGGAAGCACUUAUCAAAUUUCCUCCAACAUAUAAAUUCGAGAGGCACCAAGCAGGUUUAGGAGGAUACGAUUCUGGAGAGAAAAAGCGAAUUCCUGCCUGGUGUGACAGAAUAAUAUAUCGUGAUACUCGGUCAGCUCCAGUUUCUGAAUGCAAUUUAGACUGCCCUGUUGUGUCAUCAAUUUUACAGUAUGAUGCUUGCAUGGAUGUGACUGAUAGUGAUCACAAACCUGUCCGGUGUAAAUUCAAUGUAAAGAUUUCUCAUGUUGAUAGAUCAAUAAGGAGAAAGGAGUUUGGGUUAAUUAUGAAAUCAAAUGAGAAAAUCAGAUCUAUUCUUGAAGAUUUAUGCUAUGUUCCAGAAGCCACUGUUAGCCCAAACAGUAUAGUCCUACAAAACCAGGAAACUUCGUUGUUGCUUAUUACAAACAGAAGUACAAAGGAUAAGGCUAUAUAUAAGAUCACUUGUGAUGGCCAAUCUAUAGUCAAGAAUGACGGACAAGCACCUGAUUAUAGCCCAAGAGGUGCUUUUGGCUUUCCCAGAUGGCUUGAGGUACAGUAUCUUUUACUUAGUCUCUUUUUUGCUUGA